AUGGAUGUACACAAGCGAGACACACAUGUUACAUACCGCAAGUUACAUGCGAAGUAUGGCGACGUUGUCCGAGUCGGACCCAACGUUUUGUCGUUUGGCAACCCAUCUGCUAUCCAGGACAUAUACGGACUGAAUAAAGGAUUUACAAAGGUCAGUCUUGACGAAGAUCUUUACGCCAAAGGACAGGAUAUCUGUCCAUUAUCUACGUGGAUUCAGUACUUCGCAUUCGACGUUAUCGGGGAGAUUACUUGGUCCAAGCGACUUGGUUUCGUCCAAGAGAACAAAGACGUCGCAGACAUCAUCGCUACGGUGGAUUCAUUCCAAGACUAUGGCACUGUGGUAGGCCAAAAUCCCUGGUGGGAUCGUGUCCUUGUCAAGAACCCAAUCAAACUAUUCCUCGAGAGUAUAAAUCUCUGGCUAGUCAGCCCUAACGCGGCGAUUAUCAAGUUUGCUUUGGCAAGGCAAUACGAGGUAUCGGCUAAUCAGAAACAAUAUACAGCAGAUAAACCUUCCAGCGAGAUGGGUAUCACCUUUCUUCAACGAUUCUUGCAAUCACAGGACAAGAACCCGGAGUUUCUGACUGAUGAUCGAAUCUCCGCUAUGUGCGCAUCCUUGAUUAUUGCUGGUUCUGACAGCACUUCCAUCAGCUUGGCUGGCGUCUUCUACUACCUCUUGAAAACUCCACGCGUAUACAGGAGGUUGAUGGAGGAGAUCGAUGACACACACGAUUCAGGUGCUUUGGCAUCACUCCAAGAUAGUACUGGUACGGAUGAUGUUAUUCCUUUCUCCGCUGCCAAGAAGCUCGUCUACCUCGACGCUGUCAUUACUGAGGCUUUCCGAAUGCACCCAGCCGUUGGCUUGCUUCUCGAACGUAUCACACCGCCACAGGGUGCCACUAUAGAUGGGCAUCAUGUGCCUGGAGGAGUCGUGGUUGGCUGUAAUGCUUGGGUUCUGCAUCAGGACAAGGAGACUUUCGGAGAAGAUGCGGAUAUCUUCCGACCCGAGCGAUGGCUUAAGGGUGACGAUGUUGAUCCUGCCAACAUCGCAAAGAUGAAGUCCAGUAUGUUUCAUUUCGGAGCAGGAUCAAGAACGUGCAUUGGGAGAAACAUCAGCCUCUUGGAAACAUACAAGAUUGUUCCCACCUUCCUGAGAAAGUUCGAGAUUGAGCUUGACGAAAGCCAAGAGCCGAUGUAUUUGAAGAAUGCCUUCUUCGUACAUCGCAAGAACUUCAAUGUCCGCAUUAAGUUGAGACAGACAAACAUGAAUUAG